AUGUCUUCUGUAACGGAUACAUCAGCUCCUGCCGCCUCAAUGGACGUCGAUCAGAUGGACGUUGACUCCAGCAUCAAGCCUUCCACAACCAAUAAUGCGACCACGAUAGAAGACGACGAUGACGACGACCCUGUGACUGCAACCUACAAUGUCUUUAUCAACCCUUCGUUACCGCUAGGCCGACGUCUUCUCGUUCUCCAGCACCCGAACCGUACCGAUGAGUCUCCCCGACCUCCUCCUACCGAGCUGCGUGUCAAGGCUCAGGCCGGCAUGGUUGAAGUUGACGUUCCUCUCGACAAUACCGUAGCAUACGAUCGAGAGAAGGGCCUUAAGUGGGGAAAGACUUUAAACGCUUCUAUGGCUACUAAGAACGGUGGCAGUCAUGGUCUAGCUGGUGGUUUUGGCUUCGGCACUGUUCAGGCUCGAGGUGGGAGGAAGAAGGUAGAAGAGGAUGAUGAAGCUGUGGACUGGGCAGAGGCCGUUAGGCAGGACAAAGUGCUUCGUACGCAGACACUGGGUGGACAGUACCCUGAGUACAAGGAAGUCCAACACAUGGUUGGUGUUUUCCAAGGCAAGGAUCUACAUCUUACACCCGUAUCGUCUCUUGUUCACCUUCGACCGCAACUUCACCAUAUCGACGCAACUGUCCAGCAAGAACGACAAGCCGCGGCCACCAAAGACUCGGCUCCCACCACAACAGGCGGCACUGCCCGCGCAAUUCACAUGACCGUCAAGGCCACUGGCGAUGGCGAAACCGUGACUACAGAAACAAUGGCUGACCGGCUACGCUCUGUGCAGACCGAGCACUGGCGUACAAUGCAUUACACAGAUGAGAACGAGGAGGCCGCGUGGGAGGUUUACAAUGAAAGCCUCUUCCUGCGUCCUACGCAGGAGGAUGAGGCGGAAGAGAAGGCAGACGACGCCGACGAGAAAGAACAGGCACUCGAGGAAUCGGUGCCCAAGUUUGCCCGCCGAUGGAACGACGAUGAUCUUCUACAUGCGGUCAGUGGAAUGGAGAGACCAACGACGCCCGAGCCUGUUGUUAAGGAGGAGCCUAAGCUAGCUCCUAGCAAGCAAGCAGAACAGCCGGUGCCUGAGUCGGAAGAGGCGCGGAAACCUAAACUCCGGCCUCGUGGUGGAGCGGCAGCAGGAGGUGUUGCUCGACGAGGAGGUAAACCUAGGGCUGCAGCUUCAAAGACAGUCAACAUUGACGAAUAA